AUGGAUCCGCCUCAAUGCGAAUAUCUGGUCUACGCAUCCACAUCCACCGUGGAAUCUGGCUUGGUUUGGUUUCGUCUCAAAGUCGCGUACAUACUGGAAUCGCCUGAGAAGAACAAUAGCGAAGAUGUUCACAGCAACGUCGAGAAGACUAUUGCCGCGGUAGUCCUCACCCCUUGUCUUAUCUCCCUCCUAGAUAUGUAA